GUCGUGCCGAAGCUUUCGUAACGUCAAUGAAACUGAUUCCUUGGGAGUUUAUUCGAUCAGGUACAUACUGCUUCAAACACAAUGAGUGUCUCAUAGAGAUUUUAAGAUAUUUAUAAAGUGCUUCGCUAAAAUAAUUGACCUGGAAAAGCCCCCAUUGAGUUUGUUCUUGUAAUUAGCUUCGGUAGACAGACUAUAGGAUUGUUGCCUCCCAGUUGUCGCAGUUAUCUUAGAGACCUAACAGCGAAACUUAUUCAGAAAUCUUAAGCUCAGAAUGACAAAUACACUCUCAAUAGGGGAGCUCAUAUGGUGCCGGUCCACCACUAUUGUGGGAGUGAUAUACGGCACAGACGGACAGCUGACCCAGAAUGUCAUUUCCGGGCCAAAAGUCGCCUCUGACUCCAUUUCGGAGGAAGGUGUAUAUAUCCUGCAUGGCAAGCGAGGACUCCAAAUCGCUGCCGCGUGUGAACGGCGAACUUGUGACAUCACCCAGAUAUGCCGCUGCGCAGUACCGGGACAAAACAGAGACACUAACUUCGAAGCCGGAAGACAAGCCGAGAAUAUAUCUCCACAGACCAUUACUGACAAGGGCCUUUACAAACGGAUAGUAUCAUGGCUUCGCCUCUACAAGGCCGCAUACCAGAUUCGCUGCAGCAAGCUAUGCUUUCUCGCAUACCCACGAACACUCUCCUGGGACAGUAUACUCGGCAGCGAGGCAUUCCACUUCGACCAUGAUCUAGAAGAGCAUUAUUCGUCAAUACGCGGCUCUACAGCGCCCCCAAGAGUUGUUGAAGAGAAUCCACAGGAAGCUGUAAUAGAUUCCAUCGCCGAUACAUGGAGUGAGUUUCUCGCAAGCGGGGAGUAUUGUUCUGAGAAGGCGAUGAAGACAUCACGACGAGAGAGCAGCGAAUGGCAGAUUAUCGGCAGAGAUAUCGCCAGUGAUAGCAGUGACGAUGCGGAAUCGGGAGAGAACCCCAGUGAAGGCGAAGAACGGCCUGCACCGGUUAUUACCCCGCCGAAGAAUAUGAAUGUUGGUCGUGGCCUUGAGUAGCGACAAUUAGCCCAUUGCUAUUUUCCGAGUUCCGAAUUCUAGUCACGGAUACCGGAAAACUGUGAUAUUGUAGGACGGUCAACUCUGGCAUGAGUACCAACAAUUAGAAUGAGGUAAUUACCGACCGUCUUUGCAUCAAUCUAUAUAGCCUGGCGUAGUAAAAUAAAGAUAGAAAGAACAUUCUGUGAACUGACCAGCCUAAAUACAGGCAACAACUCGCCCUGGCAUUACAUAGGGCUUUUGAAGAUUACGUAAACUAGAUUGAUGUACAGCCCGUGGACUUCAGUGAUU